AUGGAGGGGUUUCCCUUCUUUUCCCUGCUAUGCCUUACAAUGUUUUGUGGGAGCUAUUUCAUCGGGUUUUUGCCACUUUUAGGCAAUCUUGGAGAGGUAUGUAUAAUUAUAUUAUUAUGUAAUCUAAUUUUAGGUCAAUUUUGACGGCAAAUCUAAUUUCUUUAUUUUCAGAGCAAGAUAAGGAUGGUUAGUGUGUUUGGAGCGGGUUUGUUGAUUGGCACUGCCUUUGUUGUUGUAAUUCCAGAAGGAAUUGAUGUAAUGCACAAGAAUAUUGGUAAGAUUUUGAUUUUUCUUUUUGAUUUUUAAGAUUCGGAAGUCAAAAUUGAGUUCGCAAUUUCAGAAGCGAGUCCAGAAAGCCUGGCGCAAGUUCUGGCAAAGGAAACAAACGCGAAUUCAGCUGGUUUGGAUAAACCAACGUUAGACAAGGAGAAGCCGUAAGAGUAAAACAUUUUUCUAUGAUUUUUAUGUUUAGACCGCCGCCAGACUCGCUCAAAGCUACUAAGGAGGAGCAUCAUGAGCAUGCCGAAUCCGGAAAGACCAUUGGGGUUCUGAUUCUUCUUGGCUUCUUAUUUAUGUUAGUGGUGGAUCAGGUGUCAAAAACGUCAUGUGGAGGAGGCCGGAAGAAGCUGUCGACGACGAUUGGUCUCUGUGUUCAUGCUUUAGGUAUUUUACUUUGUUUGAAUUGUUAUUUCCACAUUUAGGUAGCGCUUUAUAGCAAAAAAUUUGAUCUCAACAAUUUUUUUAGCGGACGGAGUUCUUAUGGGCAGUGCUUCUUCCACAUCCAACAACGAAGUCCAGAUGGUCGUUUUCAUCGCUCUAAUCAUCCACAAAGGCCCUGCAGCCUUUGCUCUUACCAGUUUGUUACUCUUGGAAAAAUUGGAACGGUUCCGAAUCAAGCGACAUUUGAUGAUUUUCUCUCUUUCGGCCCCAUUUGGUGCUUUCCUGACCUACUUCUUUCUUGCCGCUGUGAAAGAAGGUGCUGCGUAUUCGAAUAAUCUAAGCGGGAUGUUCAUGCUGUUCUCGGCGGGAACUUUUCUUUAUGUGGCCGCCGCUCAUGUGCUCCCGGAACUGGUAAGACUUGAUGUGUGUGUCCUAUUAUGAUUUUAGGAGUCAGCAGAGAAUCAUCAUUCCUCGGGUGGACAUCAACUUUUGAAUACGGGCCCGGUCGGGAUUUCCAUCCGAGAAGUAAUAGUCAUUUUGAUCGGAGCCUUCGCUCCAUGUAUAUUAUUCACACAUCAUAAACAUUAA